AUGGCCAAGGAUUGUGAGGCCAAUGAUACUGCCACCAGACUCACCAAUGUCAAGAGGAAAGUAGCUGAGUUGGAAUAUGUCUCAACCUCUGAGGUUGAGGGUGAUGGCAUUGAUGAUAACUGCAGCAAUCUAGACAAUGCCAUCUGUGUUUUGGGGUGCAAGAAUGCUGUGGCCAAGUCAUGUGUCAUAGUUACAAAGGGCAUGCCAAAGAAGAUCAAGAUACAAGCUUGUGACUCUAUGUCCAGCUUAUUGGCCACAUCUACUAGCAAGAGAUCUAUCAGAGUGAGCAAUUCAUUGAGUCAAGUGCAGACUGUCCCUGCACAAGUGCAUUUCAACAAUUUGGAUCUCCCCUCAGAUCUGCAUAAAGAUCAGAAGUGGAAGAGGGAAGUUAUCCCAAUGCUAAUCCUAUGGGCCAGAAACCAAGAGGAUGCAUUCAACAUCACCAAGCAAGACAUUUGCAGGGCUCUACAGGAGAUUAUGCCAGUCAUAUACCCCAUACUCAAGAACAUAGCAAGUAGCAUUCUUCCCAGCUCACCCAUGGUUUCCAUCCCAAGUCCAUUUCAUUCUGACUUCAUCUGUAGCUGA